AUGGUUGAGUAUACAAUCAUGGGGCCACUUGGGAACCCGCCUGCAACGUCCAGCGGUUUAUCACCAAAGUCUUUACCCUACCGCACCGACUCCAGAAAUACCUCACCUAACUUGCGAAUGCUCUAUCGUAUCUCUGCACAAGAUGCCAAAGGCCAGCAAGAUGAACAGCAGUCUCACAAGUCGAUUUCCACUGUCCUGCCUACCUCGCCGCAGUUACCUCCCACGCCACCUGGAGCAAGCAAUGAGGACAAGAUAUCUGAAAACGAGAAAAGGGCUUCUGACGCUGCUGUUUUCAGAUCAUCGUUGGUGACUCCCAUCAAUCAGAAUAGCCCGCCAACUCCGGAUAAUACACCUCCACGGGAUAGAAAGAUUUCGUUUGUACGCCCAUUUCUGGGGCCUCAGCCAUCAUCUUACUCGACGCGAGCCGAGUCCUUCACAACUGCAAGAGAAAACAUGGCCUCUGAGGACGAAUUAGACGAUGGUUCGCAACAUCAGGAAGACGGACAAGGAGAUCCUCGCGCGUCAAUUGAUAGCUCCAGUCAGAUCACGCAUAGAUUGCGUCAGAGCGCCCUGCCACGCUCACCUCUGGUCAACGUGUACGAUGAGCAGCCGGCUCUCAGCGAGCCGCAAGAGCAAUUUCUCGACGAGCCUGUCGAAGCGACCAACUCCCAUCAUGAAGCUUCGUCGGAAGGUCCUGACCACAACAACAGACUGCAUGCAAGCCCACAACCGCUGAGCACUUCUUCUACACCCGUCCGAUUGGUCAGUCAACCGCAGGACAAUGUGCGCGUAGUCAAUGUAGACGACGAGGUCGGGUCUCUGUCACGGCCCAGAACAAGACCGACUCAAGAUCAGUUAAAGCGCGACAAAAGCCUCCGGGACAGGCUUCUUGAAGCACAAGUCCAGGACCCAUCCGCGUCCACUGAGAAAUUUGCGAGCAUCAUUGGUUGGAACAACUCUAUUCCAUUUGAGGAUACUCCGGCUGCGACUGCAGAGGUUGUAGGUGAUGAUACCCGCCGGUUUUCGGGCAUCUCUACAACUUCAACCAUCGAAGCAUAUGUGUUUGAACAGAUCACCCCGCCAAAGAGAAAGACUACAUUGCGCCAUGUCAGCAAACACGAGUCUCUACGCUCUGCGAGCUCACCCCUGCCUGCUUCGAAACGAAACUCGCUGCAGUCGACGUCGGACUCACCUCAUCGUCUGGUCCACAAAAAGGCACGUUUGAGCAACCAGAACAGGUGGAGUUUCGGAUCCGAGGUGUCCAGAUCUCAAAGUUUAGCCUCAAGUGCUCUGUUGCCGAAGACCGAGGUUAUCCGCGUGGCCGUGAUACCGGAGAGAAAAUCCUCGCUGCCAUCUUCCAGCACUAGCGAGAGCAAAAGGCAGUCGCUUUCGACAGGCUCUGCGCGCUCUCAUGCUGCCAAACUCUCAGACAACCCACCGUCCUCUUGGCAGCACAAAAGAACUCUCUCCGAGUCCACCGAUCGUGGAAGGACUAUAGAACAAGCACCGGUGGUUCCCCCACGGAGGUCAUCGUUGUCUGCGCCAACUUCAAGGAGUACUUCUCGCGCAAAUUCUGUCACUUCUGAGAAGCUCCGGGUGCGCAGGCAACAAGCGGAGAAAGACUUGCGCAAGACAUUAGAUAGGAUGGAGACCCAGAUGCUGAUACAGACUCCACGAUCCCGGGCAUCGAUGGACGCACGGGAGGUCCAGACUCCGUCAACUCGAGGCACUUUUCCGGCCCGCCCGCUUACCGACGGAGAGGCCUCGAUCAAUGCAUUUGGCUUGCUUGUGCCCGGAACCCAGGAAUGGGCAGCUCUUCGACCAGCUUCCACUUUGUUGGAGACUCCUUUCUCGCAACCGUCGUUCCGCUCUGCUUCUCCAGAGCUUAACGAAGCCAAGGCAAUCAACUACUUCGCACACAACAACAAUUCCCUCCAGCUCAUUGAGCCAUUUCCAGUGCAGGAAUCGAAAGCAGUGCGCGAGGUCCAGAGACAACAAUUGCCGCACAUUGAGAUGCAUUCGCCGCUACGGAACCCUCGACGUCCACCGGAGCCGCCUCAAUUUCAGGUCAUUCCACCGACUCCAGGGGAUGAAUUCGAGCAGGAAUCGCGGUACGAUGCACCAUCUGCUAAUGCACGUCAGGGCUCUGUGAAGCGCCCUGGCGGGUCGCGCCGCAGAUCCGAGUCCUUUAUGAGCUCGAUUUCACGCAAUCUCAGCUUGAAGAAUGCUAGAAACAAGAAGGCUGAUCAGGAACUUGAUGGCGAUCUACAUCCUUUUUGGCGACCACGGGCAUUUUGGGACGACACUGACAAUACCAAACCUGACAAAUCACAGAACCGUGCCUUGCAUGUGGGCAUAGUGAAGAACUCCCUGGGACUCACACAGGAGCGGACCGUCAUCACAGGACCGGUUUCGCUAGUCAGGCGCCUAUCAGAACGUCGGCGGCAGAAAAGAGGCAUCGUCAAGCAGUCUAGCCAUGGAAGUCUUGCCAGACUUCGGGCUGGCCGGCAGCUCUACAGUACAUCGGGGCUGGGCUACCACUUUCAUCUGCUUGAUUUCAAGGAUCUCCGCGAGCGCAUCAUUCACGUGAAGCAGAGGAAAGAAGACGAACGGCGAGAAAAGAGAAGAGCUCAACUGAGACGAAGUAUUGGAGCCAACGUCGUCAUGCAGGGAGAUUCCAGAUUCCCUGCCAGUAACACCAGUUUAUCAAGAGAUAUCUGACACAAAGGAGUUUGAAGAGAUCACGACAUUUGAUUUUUGACGUUUAACAAGGCCCUGGCGGCUGAGGACGUUAUUUUGUUAUUUUGGGAAGGCUUUUGUUGCAGCGCUUUUGUUCAUUGAGCAAACCAAUUUCGACGAGCAUGAAGACUUCACGAUCCG